UGAGUAGUACUUCGCUGACCACUGAGAACAUCAUGAGCUCAAGCUGUUGGAAUGAGAACAGCAGCAGCAGCUGUGGGAUUCAGCAGCCCCCAGAGGUGCCGCAGUGCCAAACCCAGCAUUACCACUGCCACCAUCAGUCAAGCCAAACCCAGCACCUUCCAGAAAAAAAUGUAGUGUAUGAAAGAGUGAGAACCUACAGUGGGCCCAUGAACAAGGUGGUUCAGGCCUUGGACUCCAUCAACUCACAGGAAGUGCUCUCCCCUCUCAAAACUGCCUCCUCCUACCAAAAUUUGGUUUGGAGCAACCAUUCUCAGAAACUCCAUUCUCCAACUCUGAAAAUAGCUACUUGUCCCCCAAGCAGUAUACAUAGAACCCAAAAUACAGAACAGGAACUCCAUUCUCCAACAGUGAAAGUCACUGCAUAUCCACAGACUACUAUUAGGAGAUACAUAGUACAAAAUCCUGAACAGGAACCACUUUCUCCAUUCCUAAAAGGAGGCCAUUUAUUCCCAGGAAACAAUGUUAUUUAUGAAAAAACAAUAAGAAAAGUAAAGAAGCUAAAUAUGGAUCAGGAGUGCUAUCCACAGGUUCAAUGCCAUCAUCACAUUGUCCAACAGCCCCAGAUCAUCCACUCUCCACAGUGCCAACAAUCCCAUUCUAGCCAACAAAUCCAAAUCAUCACGGGAACUGAUUCAAUUUCUACAAACACUGGAAAUGAGUUGUACCAUGGUGGAUUAAGCCAUAUACGUGACCAGGUGAUAACUGAAGAUGAUUGCCCUGCAAAAUUGGACCCCAAAUAUUUUGGAGAGUUACUUGCUGAUCUAAGCCGUAAAAAUACAGAUCUAUAUCACUGCUUAUUAGAACAUUUGCAGAGAAUUGGAGGAAGCAAAGAGGACUUUGAGUCUACAGAUGAGUCAGAAGACAUUGAAUCCUUGAUUCCCAGAGGAUUGUCAGAGUGUACAAAACAGCAAAUUUGCUAUAUUCUGCAGAUGAGGGGUAUGUCUGAUAAAUCACUCCGGCUAGUGCUGUCCACCUUCAGCAACAUACGGGAAGAGCUUGGACAUCUUCAAAAUGACUUGACAGCACUGGAAAAUGACAAGAUAAGACUUGAGAAAGACUUGGCAUUCAAAGAAACUCAAAUAAAAGAGUAUGAAGAACUCUUGGCAUCAGUGAGAGCAAAUAAUCGCCAGCAGCAGCAAGGACUUCAAGAUUCAACCUCAAAAUGCCAAGCAUUGGAAGAAAACAAUCUCUCUCUUCGACAUACAUUAUCAGACAUGGAAUAUAAACUAAAAGAACUGGACUACUGUAAGCGUAAUUUAGAGCAAGAGAAUAAAAAUCUCAGAAUACAGGUUUCUGAGACUUGCAUAGGCCUGAUGCUGCAGGUGAAAAUGGAUGAGAUUGGCAAUCAUUAUAUGGAGAUGGUAAAAAACUUACGAAUGGAGAAAGAUAGAGAGAUCUGCAAGUUAAGGACUCAAUUAAAUCAGUACCAAAAAGAUGUUUCAAGAAGAGAAGGAACUUGCAGUGACUUCCAAUUCAAGCUUCAUGAACUGACAAGCUUGCUGGAAGAGAAGGACUCCCUUAUAAAACGUCAGUCAGAGGAACUCUCAAAAUUGAGACAAGAAAUGCAUUCAUCUCAUAACCAACCCUCCAGUGGUGGAAAGACUACUAUUAUCAAAAAAAAAUACAGGACACAAUAUCCAAUCCUAGGACUCCUUUAUGAUGACUAUGAAUAUAUACCACCAGGUAGUGACACACAGACUAUUGUGAUUGAGAAAACAGAAGACAAAUGGGCUUGUGUAAGUUCACUUGGGUAUUUAUAGUCAUAUUAGUUGUAGAAAUUUAUAUAUAUCCUAAAUAUAACAAAUAGCCUUCAAAAAUUGUGGUAAAAUACCAAAGCAAACUAAAAUAUUCCAGUUUGAUUUUCUCUUAAAGACUUUUCCAUGUUUUCCUUACUGAUAAAUAAUGUGAAUUAAGAAACUUUGGGAUGAUUCAUACAUG